AUGAGAAAGUUGCUGGAAGACGUGCUGCCAGAAACCCCUCAUAUCCAGCUGGUGCCGAGUCAUAUUCGCAGUAUGAAACGCAAGCGACGACAACGGACCAAACCGAUGGAGGGCAUAUCCCAUGUCCAGCAGUGUCCCUCGAGAGAUCCAACUAUUAGCAGGAUCUCUUUCAGCCCACGGCCGUGGGCACGGGUAGCGACAAUCUGCCUAAUCACGUUGCUUGGAAUUCCCGACAAUACCGGUACGCUUGUCCGAGCCCACCCCCCUCCGCCAUCAUCCAAUGACAUCUUUGGAACCGUCAAUGGGUGUGCCACUGCCUUGAUUGAGAUGGAUGACAACCAAGACGGGAGAAUUUCCAGGAAUGAAUACCUUGACUUUGUCAACCUACUGGCUGAUUUCUUGUGUGUUCCACCCAGGCCCAAGAUGGAUCUAGAGAUCCAGACCGUUUUCUUCAGUAUUGCCUGCUUGUGUCUGGAACGGCCGGGCUAUGGUCCACAGUGUUGUUUAGCUGAUUCAGCAGCGAUCCAGACCAGAGGAGCAGCCGAUGGGCUUACGCGUACCGAGGAGCAAGAUUCCUACCUUCGAGCGGCUUGUCUUCUAACACAGGCUAUCCUGGGACCACAACAAUGUACAAUUGCGCCACAAACAAUAAGUCCAGCAGCCGUCAUUCCAGUGACUGUUUUGACACCUCUUGCUGCUACCGGUGGUGGGCUGACACAAGGACAAGAGAUUGCCAUCAUUGUCGGGGCGGUACUUUUGGCUCUUUUGUGUUGCUUCCUACUUUGCUUUCUUUGUGCGGGCAAGGAUAAAGAGCAGGAAGAGGAGGAAGAAGAGAUAAUCAAGGAAGAAGAAGUUGUAGAAGCACUGUCAGUGCCAGUUGACGAAGAAGCUGUGCCGCUUGUCCCCAACGAAGUAAAAUCAGAACCCAGGGAACUCCCACCGCCACCUCCAACACCCAGUCCUCCACCACCGCCGACCCCAACUCCGUCGCCGCCUCCAGAGCCCGAACCUGAGCCAGAGCCUGAGCCAGAACCUGAGCCAGAACCUGAGCCAGAACCUGAGCCAGAACCCGAGCCUGAACCCGAGCCUGAACCCGAGCCCGAGCCUGAACCCGAGCCAGAGCCAGAACCGGAGCCAGAACCAGAACCAUCACCUCCUCCUUCCCCUCCACCGCCCGUCGUGGUACCCAUUCCUGUGCCGGUGCCCGCAGCGGACAGUAGUGAUGAAGACUCCGAAAACAUAGGGAGAAAGCUGGGGGCAAAACCUGAUGAUGAUUCUGAGGGGUCAGAAAACAGAAGGUUUGAGGGAGAGGGUUUGCUGCCACAACCGCCAGCGCCCGAGGGAAUUGUGCUGCGGCACGUGGAAGUGGAAAAGGAAGGACCUGGUGAAUACGAACCACCCGAACGGGAGCUGGUCGAGGAUAAACCGCCACCGGACGAAGACAGUGUUCAAGAGUUCGAACCGUAUGUCCCCGAUGGAGGCAUUUACGAUCCACAGCGUAACCUCAAGUUUACAGGAUACCUUCCUGAUGGAGGCGUGUACGAUCCUCAGCGACCAGCAAAAGAACAAGUGGUAUUGAAACCGCCAAGCUAUGAAAGGGCCAAGAAACCAGAACCAGAGCCCUUUGACCCUCGCAAAUUGCGAAGAGAAGUGGGAAUGGGAGACGGGGAUGUAUUUGACGCGUUGUCAUCGUACAAAGAGGAACGGGAACACACAAGAGAUUAUAGGUUUGAGUGGGUUGUCCAGGGGGCUCUUGAAGCCCUGACAAAGGCGGAAGAAUCAGGGGAUCUGACAAGACCGCGACCAAGACGGGCUGUUUCUCCACAGCACCAAAGGACGAGCCCCACUCCACCUCCACGAUCUCGCUACAGCUACUCGAGUAGAUCGAGCAGAUCAUCUCCUGACACUCCCGGAACUCCUGGGUAG